AUGCCCAUCAAAGUAACAGACCUCACCGAGGCAGAUAUUCCCGCCGCCAUUGAGAUCAUUCAGACGGCAUUUGCGGAAGAUCCGUAUUUCAAGUGGGUGUUUGAUGCUGAGAAUUUCAACAAACAACGGAAUCACGAUUCAUUAGCCGUCCGAUGUCGCUGGGGAAUUAACAAUGCCAUCUUCCAGGUUGCCAAAGACAUCAGCACCACCACAGAAGCAGGAAAAGAAGGGAAUGAGAGAGUAGUCGGCGUCUCCUGCUGGCUCCCACCCCAACCCCCUCACAUGCCCGAAACCUGGUACAGCUGGACGCAAAGCUGGCUACUCAGUUGGCGGCAGAUGCUCAACAACGUGUGGCAUUUCGGCCGGGGCGGACUGCGCACGAACCGGUACUGGAUCUGGAAGGAGCGGCAGCAUGAAGCGCAAAGCCAGAUCUGGGAUGAUCCGAAAGGAUACUAUUUUUGCAACAUAGUGGCAGUCCGCCCCGAUUGUCAGGGUUUGGGGGUAGGGAGGAAGCUUUUCGAAGCGGUGACGGAUCGGGCGGAUCAAGAGGGCGUGAAGUGUUAUUUGGAGAGUUCGAGGAAUGUGCCCAAUGUGCAGAUUUAUGAGAAGAUGGGGUUUGAGAUGAGGAAAGAGAUGGAGUGUAGGGAUGGGAGGGAUGUUUGUAUGUUUCUGUGGAGGGGGAGGAGGAGAAGGGAGGUGGAGGGUGAAACGGGGGUGUUGCAUCAGAUGGCUAACUUGCGGCAGCUCUAUUGUAUGAAACUAGAUGGUUGGAUGUACUUUGUAGCAGAUAGAUUAGAUAUAUCAUUGGUCAGUUGA